AUGAUUGAAAAGCGACCUGCCAGAGGUGGACUAUAUAUUGAUGGGGGAAUCCGCAAAGGAUGGUCCACACUUUAUAUGUCUCCGGGGACUGCUUUGGCUUCCUAUAAUUUCCAACUGACCUUGCUCACACUUGCUUCUGCGUUUUUUAAAACUCACCACGGUGGCGGGGGACUAACGGCUGAAGAAGUUCCCGAACUUGUUGAUUUUUCUCGCUUCGCCGAUCAUGAUGUUGCUACAGACCACCAUGAAUACACGCUCCUACAUCUCACAUCUUCCCUUUCGACAGAUCGAAGAGGCCGAAACAAGCAGCGUUCACACACGAAUUAUUGCCCACUUGAUGGCCCAGACUUCCACCGUUGA